CUUCCAAUCGUUAAAAGCGUUUUGAUGAACGGAGAAAAAAGUUCUACAUUGCGCAAGUGCAUAAUUCGACUUCCUUAGAAGCAGCUGGUACCCUGACGCAAAAUAAUUCUCUUCAACUUCUUUUUUUUAGAAUCAUAUGGCUCCAGGAAAUACGAAAUGCAUCAAUGCAGCCUUGUAAGCUUCUUUCUGAAAUAAAAUGUUUGGGAUUCUAACAACGUAACACCGUGAAAGUGAAGUCAUUAAUACUGUGGGUAAAUUGAUAUGGCUGCCAGUGGAAAUGACGGAGUCAAGAAAAAAGACCCCUUUGGUGCUGCUAGUCUUACAACAGCAGCUUUUGCUUUAGCUGGUAAGACCGAGCCCUUAAAAGAACCAGAUGAACGUCCCGAAUCACGAAUUAAAGAAUAUACACCUGAAUCAUGGAAACAACAAGUGGAACAGGCGGCAGCAGCUCAGAAAAAGUUCGAGAAAACAGGAGGUGUUGCUGAAGCCCAUCUUGUAGACGGGGAAUUGAAAUUCGACGAUGAUGAAGAGGAAGCUAAAAAGGACCGAGAUCCGAAUUUGGUGGAAGGAAAUCUGCUCCCCGUGGAAUAUUCAGAUGUUUUCGAUAAUAAAUUACUAGGAAAACCUUUAGAAGAAAUCGACAAGUAUAUGAAAGACAAGAGUUUAGUUUCUCCAUAUAGUAUGACAUUUAUUGCAGUAGCACCUAGAUUUAAAAAAAAAUUCAUCUACAGAUUUACUUCAGAAAAAGCUUUGUUUUUAUUAACCCCUUGGAAUCCUGUUAGAAAAUUGGCAGUUUUCAUUGCAACGAAUCAGUUCUUUGAUUAUGUUGUGAUAUUAACGAUUUUAACGAACUGUGUUUUUAUGUCCCUGGGACCAGAUUCAAAAGCUGCAGAAACUGCAGAAUAUGCCUUUCUCGCCAUAUAUACAUUAGAAUCAAUUAUCAAAAUUUUAGCAAGAGGUUUUAUACUCCACAAAUUUACAUAUCUGAGAGAUCCGUGGAAUUGGUUAGAUUUUGCGGUCAUAGUUUCAGCGUACGUUACAACAAUAAUUUCUGAAGUCAGUGGUAGCUCGGGGACAAAUCUACAGGCUCUUAGGACAUUCAGGGUUUUCAGAGCAUUGAAAACAAUUUCUAUCGUUCCAGGUCUAAAGACGUUAGUUGGUGCAUUACUGAGGGCUUUCAAGUUAUUAUUUGAAGUGAUUAUCCUGAUAACGUUCUGUUUAGCUGUGUUUGCUUUAUUUGGAUUACAAGUUUAUAUGGGAGUAUUAAGACAAAAAUGUGUUGUAGAUGUUCCCAGUUAUAAUGCAACUAGUUCUAUGAAUUAUUUAGCUUAUUACAACGAUUGGAUCAAAAAUACAUCUAAUUGGUAUGAAGAUCCAGAUAAUGGUGGUACUUAUGUUAUAUGUGGUAAUGCCAGUGGUUCAGGACAAUGUAAUAGUGGCUAUACAUGUUUACCAGACAUAGGAGAAAAUCCCAAUUAUGGUUACACAAGUUUUGACCAUUUUGGCUGGGCCAUGUUAACAUCAUUCCAGCUCAUUACUCUAGACUUCUGGGAAGACUCGUAUAACAAGAUCAUUCGUGCCUCUGGUCCCUGGAAUGUUCUGUUCUUUGUUAUUGUUGUAUUCUUUGGAUCAUUUUACCUGAUAAACUUGAUGUUAGCUGUCGUGGCUAUGUCCUACCAAGAAGAGGCUGUCAGUGCAGGGAAGGUUUGGCGUUUUGGACCAAGAUCAUACCCCCUGCAAAAGCAUGAGGAUGAGAAAAAGGAAAAAGCAGAUAAUGAAAAGAAACAGAAAGAAAGAGAAAAACAAAAGCUAAAGGAAUUAACAAGUGCUACAAAAGCUGCUCAAAAAUGGAAUCCAGGACAUCGAAAAAACAAAACAGGGAUACUAGAUAAAACCCAAAAAGAUUCUGGUUCUAAAAAUGACAAAAAUGACAAAAAGUCUGAUACAACCAAUGGUGAACCUCUUAUCAAAUAUGGGAAAGGUAGAAAUCCAAUGGUUAAAAUGCCCAGUAAAGACAGUGGUUAUUCUGUGGGAAGUAAAGGUAGCUCUCAAUCUAAUGGAAAAGAUACACCUAGAGAUGAAGGGGACAAUGAUAGCUGGGAUAGCGACUCUAAUCCUCGGAAAGCAGACUCUGGAACAGGAUCUCUUAGCCAAGAACCAGUCUAUGAAAAGAAGACUAAAUUAAAAGAAUUAAAUGGUGGAAUGACACAUCGCCGAAUCACUGUUGUGUCUUCCUCAGAUGUCCAAAUUGCAAAAAGUACGGGAAGAUUCAGUAGUUUGUCAAGGGAAGAAACUGUUGUCAUUAUCAAACCUGAUGAAGAAGGCAAUGUUGCUGUUAGAGAAAAAGGUGAACUGGUGGACAGAAAUUGUGCAUGUUGUUCCAAAACAAAAAUGUUUGUGUGUUGGCUCAAGUUCCAGAACAUUCUCAACAUCUUUGUCAGUGACCCACUUUUUGACCUGUUUGUCACAAUAUGUAUUGUUUUGAAUACACUGUUUAUGAUGCUUGAACAUCAUGGACAACCACAAUCACUUACAACAACUUUAGAGGUGUCUAACUAUAUUUUUACCUCAGUUUUCAUACUAGAAGCUGUCCUGAAGAUAAUGUCAUGGAGCAAGUUUUACUUUAAGUCUGGAUGGAAUCUUUUUGACUUUGUUAUUGUUAUAGCCAGUAUUAUAGAUAUCAGUCUAUCAGAUAUUCCAAGUUUUUCUGUCUUUAGAUCCUUCAGAUUGUUGAGAGUUUUGAAGCUGGCCCAGUCCUGGAAGACUAUGAGACUACUGCUACAGAUUAUUUUGAAUACAUUAGGAUCUCUUGGACCUUUGACUCUUAUUCUGAUUAUUGUUAUCUACAUCUUUGCGGUUAUCGGACUUCAAUUAUUUAGUAAAAGUUACACAACUGCUGUAUUUGGAGAUGACAUGCCAAGAUGGCACUUCAAAGACUUUUUCCAUUCUAUGAUGAUGGUGUUUCGAGUUCUAUGUGGGGAGUGGAUAGAACCAUUGUGGGACUGUAUGAGAGCUGAAGGAGAACUCUGUAUGGUGGUCUUCCUACCCACACUGGUGUUAGGAAACUUUAUUGUACUGAAUCUCUUUCUUGCCUUGUUAAUUAAUGCUUUUGCUAGUGAUAAUUUAAAAGCCAAUAGUGAUAAAGAAGAAGACAACAAAAUGUUGGCUGCUGUUAGAAGAAUCAAAGAGCUUUGUUGUUGCUGUUUAAGUAAGAAAGUAGCACCUAAUGAGGCGGCGAUUGAAGAAGGUAUGGAACUCUCUUCUGAUAUUGAGAGUAUUAAUAGCAAUGACAAAAAUGGCAAUCCAAAAGAAGUUGGAACGGAUAAGAAAAAUCCUGAGAAAUUAAAACUACCGCCAAUAUCACAGUCUAAUGGAGCUGUUCAAAAUAAAGACAAUAAUAAUAAGGAUGCUAAAGUAAAAGACAAAGAUGCAGCUACAGGAAAAGACAUGGACGAUGCCUUUAAAACAAAGAGGGACACUUAUUCCAGCUUUAAUGAUGCAAAAAAUGCUGCAGCUAAGAAAGAAGACAAGGAUAAGAGCAAAGAUGACAAAGAUGAUAAAAACAAAGAUGCAAAGUCUGAAAAUGAAGACGACCUAUCUCUCGGAGAAGAAGCUUCAACUCAUUCAAAGAAAGAUAAAGAAGAAGAGAAAAAAGAAGUGGUUGUUAAUGAUUGUUUUCCUCUCAUGUGCUCAAAAAAAAUUGAAACGAGGUUUCUUAGUCAGGGCUGGGAACAUUUUGACCAAACUACUUGUGGGAUAAGAUGGUACAAAUUCCGUCGUGUGAUGACUAUGAUUGUAGAAAGCAAAGUAUUUGAAGCUACUGUUUUGAUUUGUAUUGGCUUGAGCAGUAUGUCAUUGGCUUUUGAAGAUAUUUAUUUGUACGAGAAACCAGAACUGGAGCAAGCUCUGUAUAUCAUCAAUAUUAUAUUUGUUGUGUUGUUCACCAUUGAAAUGUUGAUGAAAUGGUUUGCUCUUGGAAUGAAGGCAUAUUUCAGCAGUUUUUGGACAAUUCUAGAUUUUCUCAUUGUUGUUAUAUCUUGGGCCAGUUUUGCUGCGGCUGCAGCAGGUGCUGCUGACAUUUCUGCUUUCCGAUCUCUGAGAACACUUCGUGCUCUUCGUCCACUCAGAGCUAUCUCAAGAUGGCAAGGAAUGAAGAUUGUUGUCAAUGCUCUGAUGUUGUCAAUACCUUCCAUUAUAAAUGUGAUAAUUGUUUGCCUGGUAUUCUGGCUAAUAUUCAGUAUUAUGGGUGUGCAGUUCUUCGCUGGAAAGUUUUUUAAAUGUGUGGAUAAUGAUGGCGAGAAAUUUGAUCCAUUGGUGAUAGCAAAUAAAUCACACUGCAUAUCUAGUGGCUAUAAUUGGACUAAUUCUAAAAUAAACUUUGACCAUGUAGGUCAGGGAUUCUUGUCCUUAUUCCAAGUGGCUACAUUUGAAGGUUGGAUGGAGUUGAUGGAAGAUGCCGUAGAUGCUACUCAGGUUGAUAUACAACCUAAGUUCGAGUCCAACAUAUGGUACUAUCUUUUCUUCGUGGCAUUUAUUGUGUUUGGAUCUUUCUUCACAUUAAACCUGAUUAUAAGUGUUAUCAUCGACAACUUCAACGAACUCAAGAAACAGUAUGAAGGACAUGUGUUAGAUAUGUUCCUGACAACAACCCAGCGUAACUAUAUGAACACCUUAAAGAAACUGGGAAACAAAAAACCACAGAAAACCAUUAAAAGACCAAAGAACACAAUGCAAGGUGUAUUUUAUGAUGUAGCAGUGAGCACAAAGUUUGAUCUUUGUAUAGUGGUUGUAAUAUUCAUGAACAUGAUAGUAAUGGGCAUAGAACAUUACAAACAGUCAGAAAUGGUCAUCGAUAUCUUACAAAUUAUGAAUAUUAUAUUCACAACAGUAUUUACUCUGGAAGCAGCGAUCAAGAUAACAGGAUUGCGGUUUCAUUAUUUUAGACAGCCCUGGAAUGUGUUUGAUUUUAUUGUUGUUGUGCUGUCUAUACUAGCAAUCAUUCUAGAAGAUAUAUUAGAGAGUCUGUCCGUUUCACCAACACUUCUUCGUGUCGUUAGAGUUUUUAGGAUUGGACGUGUCCUUAGACUAAUUAAAGCAGCUAAAGGAAUUAGAAAACUCUUAUUUGCUUUAAUAAUUUCAUUACCCGCUUUAAUAAAUAUCGGGGCUCUCCUGUGUUUAAUUAUGUUUAUAUAUGCUAUUAUUGGAAUGUCAAGUUUCGGUAACAUAAAAAUUGUUGGUGGAAUUUUCGAUGAGGAUGUAGUAAAUUUUAAGACGUUUGCCAGUAGCUUUGUGUUACUAUUGAGGCUGUCUACUUCCGCUGGUUGGAAUGAUAUUUUAGAACCUCUGUUGAUACAACCUCCAGAUUGUGAUGAUCAAUACAUUACUCGUCCAGAUGGAACCUUGUACAAACAAGAAAACGGUGAUUGUGGUACACCAUGGCUAGCUUAUUUUUUCAUGUGUUCAUAUAUAUUAAUUAUUUUCUUAAUUAUAAUCAACACAUAUAUUGCUGUUAUUUUGGAGAAUUUCAAUCAAGCUCACCAGCAGGAAGAGGUGGGUAUUACAGAAGAUGAUUUCGAUAUGUUCUACGUUGUAUGGGAAAAAUAUGACCCACUUGCAUCGCAGUUUUUAAAAUAUGAGCAUUUAACUAGUUUUGUUGCCGAUCUUGAAGAACCUUUAGGGAUACCAAAACCAAACGAAAUAGCUUUAGUAGCGUUUGAUCUUCCUAUAGUGGAAGGUGAUAAAAUACAUUGUUUAGAUAUUUUAAUGAACCUUGUGAAACAUGUGCUAGGGCGUGUUGAAGAAACAGAAGAAUUUAGGCAAUUGAAAAAAGAACUUGAACUUAAAUUCUCUGAGACGUUCCCAACUAGAGUCAAAACGACUAAGACAUCAAGUACUAUGAUGAAGAAAAAAGAAGAUGUUGCUGCAAAAACAUUACAGCGUGCUUGGAAAAGUUGGAAAACUCAAAAGAGUUUACGUAAUAUUACACAGCUAGCGAAAUUACAAAAAAGUCAAGAAGAAGAAGCUGCUCUGACCUCACAAAAAGGCAACAGUAUUAUAAGCUUGGGUCGUAGACUAAGUAGUGCAUUGAGUCAGUUCUUCAGCUCCUCAAGACCAACAAGUGCAACAAGUCGAGCUAGUGUUAAAAGUAGUACUGCAUUAACUAGAAAACCUACAAAGAAAAACACGUUACAAGUUCCAAGUGUAGGUUCACUCUACUCACCAAAUCAACACAAGUCAGACAUCGAUUUAUGAUAAUAAUGACUUCAUAUAUAUAGAAAAGUAGAGUGUCAAAAGAGUCUGCAAGUGUUUCAAAUAAAAGGUUUGUCAAUGGCUGAAAAUGGCAUAACAAGUUUUGUUUGUAUGUUGAAAUGUUGUGGUAUACCUUCAUUGAAAUAAAAUGGCAUCUCUUUUUAUAUCUUAUCUUCAUUAUGAUAUAUUUUAAAACCAUUAAAAGAUAAUCAUCAAAACAACAGUAGGAACACAAAUAAAUUAAUGCCUCUAAGUUGAGACAUAGUAUCGGCAUUUGAAAAUUGUGAUUUUUUUUAUGAAGGUAUAUCUAUCAACAUUUGCAGAACUAUUAUGCAUGCAGCUGACAUAGUAUUUAUGAAUAUGACACAAAGUUCUUCCUUGGUCAGAUGUUUUAACACAAGGCCAACAGUAUUUUGUAACCAAAAAUAUGAACGAAUAACUGUUGUUAUAAAUUAGAAGACACUCUAGCGUUUUAAAUAUGUAUUCUGUGAUAUUUUAUACAACUGAUGCAAACAUACAUUGUUGUUGAUAUGUCAAAAUAUAUGCCAAAAUUAAUUUGUAUUGCACAUUGAUAUCGCUCAUAUGUUUGGAUGUGCAUUUAUAUUCCUAACCACAAUUCCUAGUCACUGUUUGUUUGACUGUUCCUGGAUGUGUCACACAUUAACAGGGUUCCAGUCCUUUUAAAAAUCAUACUGGUCAUAACUAUAAGUGAUAACUAUUAUUUAGAAAGGAUUUCUAAAGUCAGUUCUUUAAAUUUAAUAUUUUCCAAGUUUUGUACCAGUAAGAAUUGCCCUUCAAAGUUUGUCUGAAUUUGAUUGUACUGUUUUGGGUACUCAAGAAAGAGCUUGGAAUCAAUGGUAAAUUUGUCUUCUUAUUUUUUAUUACUUAAGCGAGGUCACCAUGAAAAAAUUUAGUGACCUUUGUGUAAGAUAAAUACAUAUUGAUUAUAAUAUGAAUACAGUAUUAUAACAGUUUAAAUAGGACUAAAAACAAUAUUGUGUUGUUUUAACAAAAUCAAAAUCUUUGCUUCAUUAUAUUCAACAUUCUUCACCCUUUGCUCAAAUUAUAUAUAUAUAUGCACAUUCCAGUUUGUACCAUGAAGCAUUUAACCAAUUUUUAUUUAAUUUUUAUUUUGUUUAUGACUCUGUUUAUAUACUCAGUUGUUUACAUGUAGUCAUGUCAUAUUUAAUUUCCAUGUGAUAUUAUUAUAUUAUGACCAAACUAAAGAGGGUAUUCCUUUUUUACAGAUUUUUAUUUUUAUCAUAAUUGAUCAAGUUUAUUUGAUUUUUUUUAGUUUUACUCAAAACAGUUUUGUUACGUGAUAUUUUCAAGGUAACAUGCAAUAUGAUAUUAAAUAAACAAAUACCUGAUCUGAAAGUGUUAAAUAUUAGGAUUAAUAUUUACAAAUAUUUUUUCUUUUUUUGAAUACUAAGUGAACUUUUUUGAUAGUUGUCUCUUUGAAAUCUUAAAACAUUCUCUUUGUUUUUAUAUUGUUAUUUUAUUUUUCAGUGAACAUUUUUUUUAUAUAAUAAGUUUUAUCUGAUGUUAUUUUCUGUUAUAUUUAUGCAUUUGCGAUUUGCGUAUGAAAGAAUGAAAAAUCCAUCAAUUAACUGUGGAAAAAGCAUACCUGUGGAUAUGAAUUAUUUUUUUCUUCAUUUUUUUAGUGUUUUGUUUUUUCUUUCAGUUUGUAAGUUUGAAAGUUGUCAUGUUAAUAUGCAGUCAAAAGUGCUUGUUCUUGGAAGGUUUAGUAAUAUGAAUUAUUCAGUUUUGCCAUAAAGAAGGAAGGGGGAAAAGUAAUUAAGCUUUUUAAUUAUAAAAGAAAUCAAGUUUAAACAAUGGUUAGGCUUAACAGAUGCAUAAGCUCAAGAUUACCAUAUUUAGUUGUGUUUAACCUGCACCUCCUCUUUGGCCAUUGGAAUUUAGAACAAAAACUUUUUCAUCUCUUCAUGAAGAUCUUUAACUUUCAGGUCAUAUAAGGUUGUCAACUUUCCUUUAUUAGAAAUAUGUUAAUAAACAUUUCUUGUAAAUUCAUGAGUGUUAAAAAGUGCCCAAAAAAAAGCACUGGAAACAAAUGCAGAAGCUGUGUUUGUCAUAAAGUAGAAAUUGAAAUUAAAAGCAAACAAAUUUAAGUUUAUGAAUACUUUAAAUGUAAACUAGUGCUAUUAUUAUGUAAAACAUUGUUUUAUUUAUUCUAUUUAUUUCUUGAUAUUUAAAUUACUAAAAGAAAUGCAACACUCCUGUCAUAAACACCACAUCUAAAUGAAUUACUGAUUGCAUAUCUGAAUUUCAAUCAUGAUUUAAAUGCCAUAAAAUUCUAAAAGAAAUAUGUACUGAAGUAUUACAAUUUGUUAUUUAUCCAGAAAUUCUUGCUUUUCUUUUAAAAUUACAUGAUAAUAUAGAUUAUAAAAAUUACAAAAUUGAUGCAAGAAAUAAAGGUAUCUUCUACUUUGUCAAGAAAAACAUGGCAGCAAGUAUGAAGGAAAAAUAGAGUGAAAAUGACAUUUUUCUUAUUUUUUGCUUUUAGCAUUGAAAUAUUAUGCACCCCUUACUGGAUUUGAAUUUUGUAGUAAAAUAUUGCAGACUAUACAAGACUUUGAUCUUCAGAUCUGUCAAACAAUAAUUUCUAAUGGGAAGUCAAUAGGAUAUUUAUCACAUGCAUUGCAUGCAGGGGAGACGAAUCUUCCUGUCCUAUUUAUCGAUUUGGAAAUUAGAUUCAUACAGAAACAUUCAUGCCCACUAGUAACCCCAGUUUGAAUCAAUAAAAAAUGAUUUAAUUCUUUAAAAAAUUACAAAAUCUUGACUUUCAAGUUGUUCAUGUUUUAGUGUAUGCAUCAUGAUGUAAAACAGUUAAUAUUUAAUUGUAAAACUAAUAAGGGUUUCGAGUGAAAUAUUCUAAUAUUGCAAUUCCUUCUCAUAUGUUGUACAUUCAAAGUAUUUGUAAAUAAAAUGAAUUGUUUUAUUAUUAAUUCUGUUGAUUUUUUAAAGAUAUAUAUAUAUCUAUACACAAGUAUGUGAAGGUAACAAUUCCUUGUAAGUUACUGCAUGAAAUUAUUUGUUGAAGUUUUGAUUUCUGUAUCACUGUGAUGAUGAUUGAGCUAUUACAACCAGAAAUGUAUUUUGUUUACAUGUGUAUUUUUCAUCAUAUUAACUCUCAACUCAUUUCAUACAUACUUUUUCCAAAUAAACUGUUUUGAAAAAGAAA